UAGUAAUGAUUGUAGACAUCAAAACGAGCAUAAGCAGUCAGACAGACAGGAAAAAUUAAAAGAUGGAAGAGAAGUUUGCUCUCGGUUUAGAAGGAGUGUAGAAUGUUUGUGUAAUUUUCGCGAAUAAAGUUUCCGUUUUCGGUCCGGAUUGUGCAAGUGCAUCGGGGUGAGGCCGUUCCGAGGCCGAAACAAGUGAAAAAGGUCCAAUCGGGUGGGUCUUACGGUGCUGCGGUGAAAAUCCGUCGUCGAAUCGAAGAAGCAAGAAGCAGAACCAGCACCAUCAGAGUGCGCAGAAGAAGAAGGCGAAAAAUUAUUGGUGUUUCGGACGGGGAAAUAAGAAAAGGCAUCCAUUGCCCGCAAGGAUCACUAUUUUGCGUGAAAUUUCGUCCGAAGUAGUGGCAGCCCGAUCUGGGGAAGGUUUUGUGUGCAAAAUAUGUUGGAUAAAGAAGUGAUUACGUGUGAGGCUGCAGCAGCGACUCUCCAUCAUUAGCGCUAGAGCGACGGAGGACGACGAUUGUUUUGUUUUAGAAGCGCAGCAGCAGCUCCUGAUCCGCGGAAAAGGAAGAAAAAGCUGCUGCCAAACAGGGGGGAAAACACUAAAGAAGCUGACGGCCUGUCUGUAAUAUGUUCGCUGGCGGCCAGCAUGUAUCGAUCACGGAUGCGACAGAUUACGACUUUGAGAAAGCGGAAAAUGCAGCCAAAUGGAAAGGUGUUUUCAUAACAUCACUCAGAAAGGUUCUAGAGCAAGUGCAUCCGUCGUUGCAAGCCCGCGAGGAUGCUCUGCUCUACGUCGAAAGUUUAUGCUUGCGACUGUUAGCGAUGCUGUGUGCCAAGCCACCUCCGCAUACUGUAGUGGACGUCGAAGAAAGAAUUGGGCGAACGUUUCCUACGCCCAUUGACAAAUGGGCCCUCGACGAGGCACGUGAGACAAUAGACAAAUCCAAAAAGAAGAAACCGGUGCUUCCGGUUGACCGAGUACAUACCUUGCUGCAAAAGGAGGUUCUGCAGUACAAAAUCGACAGUUCGGUUUCAUUGUUCCUGGUAGCGGUGUUGGAGUACAUUUCGGCGGACAUCCUCAAACUAGCCGGCAACUAUGUCAAGAACAUACGCCACAUCGAGAUAUCCCGGGAGGAUAUCGAGGUCGCCAUGUGCGCUGAUAAGGUGCUCAUGGACAUGUUCUACCAGGGUGACAACUCGAGCUCGAUGGCACCGAGCCCGUUGCCGCCAACGCCUCGUACUAGUCUCAGCUAUGAGGAGGUCGUCAAAGAGCUCAUCCACGACGAGAAGCAGUACCAGCGGGACCUGCACAUGAUCAUAAGGGUGUUCCGCGAGGAGCUGGUCAAAAUCGUCAAGGAGCCUAAGGAACUUGACCCAAUCUUCUCGAACAUUGUGGACAUCUACGAUCUGUCCGUAACGUUGCUGGGUUCACUCGAAGAUGUGAUCGAAAUGUCCCAGGAGCAGACUCCACCAUGCAUCGGAAGUUGUUUCGAAGAACUAGCGGAAGCGGCAGAGUUUGAUGCGUAUGCAAGGUAUGCAAAGGAUAUCACGUCGGUUCAGGCAAAGGAAGCCUUAGCUAAUUUAUUGUCUAGGCCAGAGGCGAAUUCGCUGAUGUCGGCCGGUCACGGUUUCAGGGAAGCGGUUAAGUUCUAUCUACCAAAACUACUUUUAGGGCCCAUCGGGCAUGCACAGUUGUAUUUAGAUUAUAUUAAAAUUUUACUACAGCUUAGUCCCUCGCAGGAGGAUAAGGAGAGCUUCGAGCAGGUUCAGGGUUUGCUGAAACCCUUGCAGUGCGAGUUGCAGGGCAUAUCCUCACUGCUGCCUAAGGAAUAUUUCGCUAGGGUAAAUAGUCGAGCUCGGCGUCAGUCGGCGAUCGAGAAAACACGCGACCUUCAGAACAGUGUAGAGCAUUGGGACAAAGACGUGGGUCAGUGUUGCAACGAGUUCAUCCGGGAGGACACCCUUGCCAAGCUCAGUUCCGGCAAGCGGCAAACCGAACGGAAAGUGUUCCUAUUCGAUGGAUUGCUGGUGUUGUGCAAAACCCGACGACAGAUUGUGCCUGGCAACAACUACGAUUACCGGUUGAAGGAACGCUUCUUCAUGCGCAAGGUGGAAAUCAUCGACCGGCCCGACACGGAGGAGCUCAAGUAUGCGUUCGAGAUUUCGCCUCGGGAACCGACUAGCGUUGUACUUAUUGCAAAAAAUGCGCAACACAAAAACGACUGGAUGGCGGAUUUGGUUAUGCUGAACACGAAAUCCAUGCUGGAACGCAUUCUAGACAGUAUUCUACUAGAUAUUGAAAAGAAACAUCCACUCAAACUACCUAGUCCGGACAAAUAUGCAUUUGCCGUUCCCGAUUCGCCUUCGAACAUAGUGCUGGAAGAGCGAGAAGGCACGGGAGUUCCACUGAUCAAGGGCGCCACUCUGACGAAACUGAUCGAACGGCUAACCUACCACAUUUACGCCGAUCCAAUGUUUGUGCGUAUCUUCCUAACAACGUAUCGAUCGUUUUGUUCGCCCAAAGAGCUUCUUAGGUUACUGGUUGAACGGUUUCAAAUACCCGAACCGGGCCAGGUGAAUGACAGUGCGAGUGACAAAGAUCUAGUGUCCGACACGGACAAGUUUCAUAAGAAUUCCCAACGAGAGGAUGUGAAGCGCUUCAAGAAGGAGUACAUGCAGCCGGUCCAGUUUCGAGUACUGAACGUUCUUCGGCACUGGGUGGACCAUCAUUUCUACGACUUUGAACGUGAUUCCGAGCUUCUGGAAGAGCUGCUAAAGUUCCUCGAAACGGUAGCGGGCAAACCGAUGCGGAAAUGGGUUGACUCAGUGCUGAAGAUUGUACAACGGAAGAAUGAAAGUGAAGAAAGUCAUCGGCAGAUAACGUUUGCCUACGGUAAUAGUCCGCCGGCAAUCGAGCAUCACCUGCCGUUGAACAUCGGUGAGAAUGAGUAUAAUCUGCUGAUAUUGCAUCCGCUGGAGCUUGCCCGUCAGCUGACGUUGUUAGAAUUUGAAAUGUAUAAAAAUGUGAAACCAUCGGAACUGGUCGGGUCGGUGUGGACCGGGAAAGAUAAAGAAACUACUAGUCCUAAUUUAUUAAGAAUUAUGCAUCACACCACGAAUUUCACCCGCUGGAUCGAGAAGUCGAUCAUCGAGGCGGAGAAUUUCGACGAACGUGUGGCAAUGGCAUCACGUGCAAUAGAGGUGAUGAUGGUCCUGCAGGAUCUAAACAACUUCAACGGUGUGCUGUCGAUCGUUUCGGCCUUCCAGGGGGCGGCCGUCCAUCGGCUCAAGCUCACGCUGGAGGAAAUCCCCAAGAGCUACCAGCGGGCGCUGGCCGAGUGUCGGGAGCUGAACGAUUCGCACUUCAAAAAGUAUCAGGAAAAGCUGCGUUCAAUAAAUCCACCUUGUGUGCCAUUUUUUGGAAUGUAUUUAACCAAUAUUUUACAUAUAGAGGAAGGGAAUCCAGAUUUUUUACCAAAUACGGAACUAAUAAACUUCUCUAAGAGAAGACGUGUAGCUGAAAUUACUGGUGAAAUACAGCAAUAUCAAAAUCAACCAUACUGUUUGAAAGUUGACAAAAAAAUUAGGCCUUUUCUAGAAAAUUUAGAUCCUUUUAAAGGCAUGAGCGUAACGGAGAUCCAAAACUAUCUCUACGAGGAAAGUAAAAGGAUAGAGCCGAAAAAUUGCCGACAACCAUUGAAAUUUGCACGAAAGUGGCCCGACAUUUCUCUGAAAUCUCCCGGUAUCAAGCCAAGAAGACACAACAGUUCAGCCAACUCAUCGUUGAACCUGACGGGUACGUUGCCGUUUAUCAACAAAGCGCCGCUCGGAAACAACAACAACAUCGAUACCGGUAGUGGAGCGGAACAGCAGUCGCCAACCGCUAGCUCAUCGUCGUCUUCUGUGCUGGACUAUUCGAUAUUUGCUCCCGUAAACAUUACCAACCCGUCGUGGACGACGUCACGACAUGUUUUCCCGUACCAUCAGGAUCCUGAUAAACAUAUGCCACCAUUUCAUGUCAUAUAUCCGCAUCGGCAUAAUCAAUUACCGCCAGUACCAUCGUCGUCGUUGGCUGGUGGUGGACAGCAGCAAAACAACCAUCACUUUUAUAAUUAUCAUCACGGGCAUCAGCACAGCUUGUCCCAGUCUGUGGUCAAUCUUGCAUCAACGGCCGACCAGCAGAUGGCGCCGGAGAUUCCACGACGAUCCGAUAGUAUUAUCCUAACCACUUCUUCGCUAUCGUCCCAUACCCAGUACAACCUAAACAACAGUAUCCUGUCCGAAUCCAGCAGUAAUACCGGUGACGGUGGUGGCGUUGGUGGUGUUAGGCUACAUCCAAGUCCUCGCUAUCCAUCAUCAUCGAUGAGUGCGCUUUCGUCGUCGUCCUCCGGCAUAAGUAGUUCGUCGAUCUAUGGAGUUAUGAGCGCAUCGAACAGUGAUGGUAACAGCAACAAUAAUCCUACUACUACUGCUAGCUUUAAACAUACGCCAUUGCUUAGUCAGAACAAAACCGUAGUCAAUCCGUAUGCUGAAGACAGUCCCCAUUCGAUUCUUUCAGCGUCCGGUGUAGGGGGCGGAGGCAGUCUCAGUCUGAGCAGCUCGUCUUCCACCAACGCCGCUAGUAUUGUUUCCCUUAGUGACGGCCCGGCCGUUCCUCAACCUCCGCCACCGAAUGCUGCCGGUAUGGCCACCUCCCCUUGCACGACGAUCUCUUCGCCAUCUGCCAGUUCAUCGUCGACGGCCGUGACCGCCGUGGGAGUCGGGCCCUCCUAUGGCGCUAGUGCGACAACGGUUUUUGCUGCAUCACCCUCAUCCACCGACAUUCCGCCUGCGAUUAGUCCACGCACUGACAGGCCAGUUUGCCCGCCGCCGGCACCGUCGCGGAACCACGGCGGAGGAAGCGGGCCGACUGAGUUUAGCUACAACACUUCCGGACUGCCGACAUCACCGCUAGCGACCGCUGGCAGUAGCUUUAGAAUUAGUUCAUCCAACACUGUAAGGAAUCAAAACUGUGAUUUUACGACAGCGACUGGCAACCACUCGUCGUGUGAAAAUUCGCCGAUAUUUCCCUCGAGCCCGCACAUCCUUCCCAUGGGUGGCGGUCAGGCAUCGGUGAUGGAUUUCAACAACUGUGCCACUUCGCCGACGCUGUCCACCUCCGUAUCGUCGACGUCGUCCGUUUACCAGACGACAUUCAAUGCCUCGUCGACAACGGCCGAUUCGAUGAUCCUCAACACGACGGCGGCGAGCAACGACCUGGGCCCGCCACACUCACCGCAUGUGAACGUACCAAAUACACACAAUAUUCCUCCUCCCAUGCCACCUCCUCUACCUCCUAGGGUUAGACGAAGAGAGUCCUCCGGAGAAUCGUCACAAUCUGCACAGGUGCGACAGGCACCGGAUGCACCCAGGCUUCCUCCGAGAGAUAUUAGUCCACCUCCGUUACCACCACGUAUCCACAGUCACUCGCACUACUCAUUCGGAAAUGUCCAACAACAACAGCAGUUGGCGCACAGCUCAGGAGCUUUCGACAGUUGGAACCACAUAAAUGUAUUACCGGAUGAAUCUCCAUCUUCGUCAUCGUCGUCGUCGACGCUGACCCGGGACAACUUGAACCAACACAACAUGAGUACCACCCAGCAGGCACUCAUGUUGCCACAUACCAGCACCAUAAUGAUGCGUCGAAACUCGGCCAUGGAUCGAGGAUCGAGAGAGAAGGUACCCAACAUUGCCGCAUCGCCGUCGCUUUCCGGACUUUCCAGUGCAACAGCAUCAACAACAGCGGUGGGUGGUGCUGCCGGAACGUCAGUCGGUAGCGGGCCGGUCAGUUUACCUUCAACCAGUGGGGUGGCACCACCACCACCAUGCGGGACGAAGAAUAAAUCCGUUCAAAAUUCACCCGUAUCGCAGCAGCAGCAACCCCCCGUGCGUGAUCGACGGACAAGUACGAAUACAUCGCCAAGAUUUUCACCCGGAGAAACCACACCUAGAUUACCUCCGAAGCCAAAGCAAACCAAUCAGUCAUCACAUCCAGAUCGAACCAUGUUCCAAUAUCCAAGCACAAACUGACCGAACGGGAAAGGUUGCGGGCGGCGUUUCUUACGGUAAAUGGUACGGUGUGUGCAUUCUUUUGAGAGGAUGGUCAUCAUGCGACAGGUCAGUAACCAGAGUAAACCAGCAGACCAGUGCUUGUCUGAGGGGAUGGGGAUCACAGUAGCAAAUGGACAGGCAACAGAAGCUAGGAGCUGGAUUUGUUGUUAAACGCUUCAUUCAGAGUGCGCGAUGCAAAAGGACAAACGGAAACUAAAGUUGGAAGCAGCCAGGCAUGUUAUGUAAUUAUUGUAACGGUUAUAUUUUACAACUUUGACAAAUUUUACCAUUUUAUUUCAAACAGUGCGCAUGGAUCAUGAGAUCUUGUUACGCUUUAUGUUAGAGCAGAGCAGAUAGUGGAGAGGAAAGUAUACAAAACAAAUAAUAAAGUGCCAUAGUUAGAGGAUAGAUUGAGAAAAUUUUAUUUCAGCUUCGCGAGUUCAGAAACUGUAAUAUGAAACUAACGGUGAAAUAAAAAAAACAGCUAGACUCCGUAACUUUCUUACACUUAUAAGGCCAUCUGUCGUUAAAAAAACGAAACAAAAAAAGAAGAUUAGACGCAACUGUAUCGUGUUCCUAUAUUUGCUUAAAUUUACUAUUUAGCUGGAAAGAAGUGGGAAUGAAGAGGCCAGAUGGUAAUAGACAAGAGAGCGAUCUGUGUUAGCUGUUGCCUACCGAGCUAUCUGUGGAGGUUUAACGAUCUCUUGUAGUCGUGAGUUCCUCGCUUUCUUAUACUUCAUCAGGAAUUUACAGGGUUUUCGGGCAAAAAAUUACUAUUCAAAAACUCAUUCAAAUCAAAACCCUAGAACUUUUGUAGUGCGACCUAACUACAACUAGAUUGAUAACAUUACAACUUGUUUCCUUCAUUUUUUAAACCGCAACUUAAGGCGAAACUGGAAGCAUUUUCUCAUUUGUUCGGUUUUUGAUUUUUCAUUAAAUAAAGAAGCAAUAUUUUAAUAAUCGGUUUUCGUGCAUAUGUAGAGUAUGGAUCAAGGUAUCUUCUGAUUUUUUUUUUGAGGUGGAAAAUGUUUUCCAUUUUUGCAAAAACCAUUUUUUUGUGAAAUUUUGUUCAAAAAUGGUUUCUGCAAAAACGAAAAACAUUUUCCACUACAAAAAAAAAAAUCAGAAGAUACCUUGAUCCAUACUGUACAUGUGCACAAAACCGAUUUUGAAAAUAUUGCUUCGUCAUUUAAUAAAAAAUCAAAAACCAAAAAGUGAGGAAAUGCUUCCAGUUUCGCCUUAAUGCAAAAUGGUACCAUAGACUACAGUCAAGACUACGAAAUACCGAAGAAAAUCCUUUUGUUUUAAGUUGAAGUAACAACGCUAUGUCUAUGAUAAAAUACAUCGGUCGGACUCGAUUAUCCGGAGUCGCAUUCUGAAGCUUUCCAAACAAAUAUCUGGGACACAUAAUACUACACUAACUAAAAUUUUGGCAUUUUUUCAAACCUUCUAUCACAGACAAACAGAUGUACCACUUCGAACAUGUUAUCAUAGUCACGGAAACAAGUUGCAACGUUCCGUUUGUUAGGGGAAGUUUUAAAACGCGACUCAAAACAAACAAGUCCGACCUCUAUUUUCUUCUGUGUUAACCCUUUCCCGCCCAUGGUGUCUGUAGAGCACCAAAACUUUCAACCCUUGUAUCUCAGAAACUAAUGAAGUUUUUAAAAUGUUUGAGUUGUAAGUAAUAAUUUUACAUGUUUUCUCUAUCUUAUAGCAAAACAUGAAGUAUGCGCGUUCAAAUUCAAUGUUUUUGUUUAAAAAAAAUUUUAACCCUUAAUUUGAUGCCAUAUGAAUGGUGUUCAUAUGCACCGCUGGGCAUAUGGCAUGCAAAAAUUGAGUAAUUUUUGGAGGUAAUCAUUGUUUGCAAUCCUUUCUAGAUUUCUGAUGGCGUAGAAGUUCAAAAAGUUUUUAGGAACAACUCAUCUCUAAUCGUAAUCGAUUUGCAGAAAAGUGGUUCGCAAAGAGAUUUUUGCGGAUUGUCAAAAGAAUCCUGUUGUUUAAACGUAUUUAACAAGAAAAGUGAUAAUAUAAUGUUCUCCUUAUUCCUGGUGUAGCUCCAGAGCGCCACCUCAAAUUUGAGUUCUUAUUGAGCCUUAGAGAAUAAUUUAUGCAUAGAAAAUAAGAAUUUGUUCUACCCAUGAAGUCAUAGGCGGGAUAGGGUUAACUAGAUUUUACUUCCCUUUCAAAAAAAGGACUCGCAGUUUGUGAGUUUGUCGAGAGCGAGAUUCGAUCCCAAAUUCUCGGUAUGUAAGGAAUACGCUUAAACUUCACACCAGGUCCGCUCCACCUGAAAAACCAGAUAGGUAUUGCAGUGCAAAUGAUGGUGUAGCCACAGACAAACAGACGUAUCACUUUUUCUUGCUGUGAGACAUCUGUUUGUCUGAUCAAGGAUGACAUUGGGUAUUGUCUGCAGAUUUGUCCUUUUCGUCAUGAGGAGUUUUUGUCGGCUAAAUUAUUUAAAACUUGACGUAGGGAAAGAUUUGAAGCCAAUUUUGAGUUCAACCGCGUUUAAACAUUUAUUUUUUAUCUGCAAAAUGUUGAUGAUAAAGAUCGUUCAGUAGACAACGGACAAUAUCAGAUAGCCCUCUCGUACAAUUGUCAGUAUUCAAAGUUCGCACAAACACCCACAGCAAAUACAAAUCAAGAAAUGCAAAUCGUAAACCGCAACCAUCGUAAAAAAAUAAAACAGGAUAGAACUACAAAACUAAAACUUUCUUUAAUCAUUGAUGAAACCAACGCUGUAAUGGAUGUUUCACUCGGAGCUCCUUGUCAGCUCCGACCUUUAGUGGAUGUUUUGGGUCAAUCAAAACGAACAAAACCGUAUAAGCAAGCAUACACAACCUGUUUGCAAAUGGGCAAUAAGGUCGUAGCAGCAGUGUUAUUCAAAGUUGUGUACGCGGAAGAGACGCAAGAGCGGGAGAGAAAGAGAGAUUCAAGUGUGAUAUAUUUUUCGACGAUGCGAGAAGCGUGUGCAGUUGGUUAGAGAAAGAGCGUGUGAUAAAAGUAGAAAACAAAACGCAGAAGUAUAAGUAAAGGCAAAAAUUGUAGAAGCGAACAAUGUACACGCAGGUAUAAUAAAAAUGCAAGUAAAGAGCAUAAACAAUAAAUGUUACUGUAAGUAUAUAAUACAAGAAAGCGAAAAAAAAAUAAACAAACAGAUCGAUACAAUAUAUACAGAUAAAAAAGAAAUGUGAUUGAUUUAAAGCAGAGAUAAGUAUAAACAGCGAAGCGGACAGCAAGCAUAGUAGAAAUCAGAGGAAAUUAUAUAUUAUUAUAACUGCAGAAAUUAAACAAAAAGAAAUCGUGAAUGUAACAUUGUAAAUAUAUCAAAACCAGUGUUUGAAGAAAAACAUACGUUGUUAGCCAUGCAGGAGAACAGAGAAGAUUGGAAACUUAAUAGGGAAACAACUAGCAAGAACGAAAGUAAGGAAACGCAAAGCUGUGAGAAAAAAAAAUGUACGGAAGCAAGAGUUGUUAAAUUCAGAUAAUAUACAAAAGUAAAAGAGUCGAAAAAUUACCUUAUCAUCGUUGUAUGAUGCAUAAAUGGAUUUAUGUAAAAAAAACGGACAUGAGUAUUGAAUUAAAAAAAAAGCAGAAAGAAAACAUAAAUGUUUGAACAAUUGUGAAAAGAAACAACAACCGUUUUAUCAUUGUUCCGAAAUCAUUACCCAUGUAGGGGCGGCUUUAUUUCGAUAGUAACAUGGAAAUUGCAGUCAUCAUUGUAGUUUUAUUUUAUUCAUUCAGUUGCUUAACAAUAGGCUUUUGAACAACGAUACGAAGAAACGGAGAUCGGAGCGACAAAAAUUAAUGAGCAUUUUCCCAGUUCUACCAAUAAUGUUUGCCAUUGACUGACCGAAUAUGUUCCAUUGAUUACCACAAUAAUAGUUCGGACUGUAGUUCCGCACUAACCUACGCCUAUAUUUUACAGUAAUGCUGUUUUUGUGUUUUGGCAGCAAGCUCAUUUGGAGUUUUGCUCUACAUCAAGUGCGUAAAAAUACCUACUGCUUCUAUAGAAGGUGGAAAAUGUGCAGGACAGUUAGAUUGUUUAACUACUACAUGAUCAACAUUUGAUUUUCAAUGGCGCUUAGUUUCGUGUCUCCUGUUGCUUUCAUAUCUAGUUUCAUCUUUAUAGGCAUAGAUGUGAGUCGAUCCAAACAAA